AUGUCCAGCCAUACAUCAUCACAAACUGGAGAUAAAAAAGCUGACGACACAGGUUCAGAAGAUCCAUCUCAUCCAGGAAUGAAUCCUGAUUAUGCUGAGCGUGGUAAAGAGCUAGGCGAAGAAAAUGCCUGUGGUGGUCAUAGCGUAGGCACGGGUGGUCAUGGCAAAAGCAGUGGCUGUAGCAGCAGACAACGUGUCGGUGGUGAACAUUCGACAGAUGCAUUACAUUUCACCCAAGAGGAGCUGCAUCCAGGAAUGAAUCCUGAUUAUGCUGAGCGUGGCAAAGAGUUAGGUGAAGAAAAUGCCUUUGGUGGCCACAGUGUAGGCACGGGUGGCCAUGGCAAAAGCAACGGCGGUAGCAGCAGACAACGUAUUGGUGGUGAACAUUCGAUGGAUAUGUCACAGUUCACCGAAGAGGAACAACAUCCCGGCAUGAAUCCCGAUCCGGCAGCGCGAGGUGCUGAAUUGGGCCGUGAAAAUGCGCAAGGGGGUCAUAGUGUGGGCACCGGUGGACAUGGAGCGACUAGAACCCAAAUUUCCCAAGUGAGAAAUGUACAAGAUCAACUGAUUUCAUAUGAAGAUCCCGUCCACUCAAGCUGA